GUAUUCUUCAAGUUUGUAGGUUGUUUUCUUUACGUUUAACGGCGUUAAAAAGACUAUGUCGAUACACACCAUAUUUUAAACACAAUAUCCCAUUUUCAGAUCAUCAUUCUUGUAUCUCAUAAAACUAUGCAUGACUGAUCAUUGCAUGCAAAGGUUAUAAUUUUGUAAUUUUCGUCAUUUGGUUACAAAACAGUAACGUUACACUUAAAAUAGUCGAAUGCAAGGUAUGAUAACAAACAGUGAUUAAUAUCAUAUUAGUUUGAUUGUCAAAAAUGUCAUUGGAAUUAGCAGGAAAGAAGUUCUUAGUGACAGGAGCAGGCCGUGGAAUUGGUCGGGCUCUCUCUAAGACUUUAAGUGAACAAGGUUGUAAAGUUUAUGCGUUAAGUCGAACUCAGAAGACACUAGACACUUUAGCCGGAGAGGAUCAUAACAUACAUACGAUACAAGCAGACAUUCGUAAUUUGGACGAACUGAAAGACAAACUUGAUGGUAUAGACGUUCUAGAUGGUUUGGUGAAUAAUGCGGCUCUAUCAGAAAAUUGUAUGUGUCCUGCUUUGGAUGUUUCUAAAGAUAUUUUACAGAGGACAUUCGAAACAAACCUAUUUGCCUCAAUAUACAUUACGCAGAUCGUUGCAAAGAAAAUGAUUGCUGCUAAAAGAAAUGGAUCGAUUGUGAAUAUUUCUAGUUUAUAUUCUCUUCAGAGCGCCCCAAACUAUUUAGCGUACACGUCGUCAAAGGCAGCUCUUGACAUGGUUACUAAACAGUUUGCACUGGAGUUAGGACCUUACAAUAUACGGGUUAAUGCCAUUAAUCCAACAAUUGUCAAAACUGAAGCUAUGCAAUCUCUCUUCAAAGAAGUGUAUCCGUUAGAUAAACUUUUUAUUGACAAGACACCUCUGGGACGGAUAGCCGAGAUAAAGGAGGUGGUAUACCCGAUACUAUAUCUUCUCAGCGAUUUAUCAUCGAUGGUUUCAGGGACAACACAUAUUGUAGAUGGUGGAGCGAUUUCAUCUUUUGUAACAAAACUUUAGUUCUGGAGUAUAAUCUUUAUGACAAGAAGGACUUAAAAGUUUAGAAAAAUGUUGCUGAUAUUUUUUAUAAAUACAAUUUUAUUAGCAUGGGCGCUUUAAAAUUUACAUGAUUAAUAAUUUAUCAUUUUUAAAGUGUAUAAUUCUAUAUCCGAUGAAGUAUGUUUAUAUUAAAUUCAUAAACGGUUAAAUAAUGUUAUUUUCAUAUUCUUAUGGUAGAUUAUCUAAUGACUUAACCUGAAUUUGUCGUUGUUAAUUAACACACAUGAAUAUUGUACGUAAAUGGAAUUAAAUGUACCGGUGUCGCGUAAUUACAUGUAUCACACGGGCGGAACAAGGUACACAGUUUAUACAUGUUUUUUAACCUUGCCUGUGGCUUUGUUUUCUAACAAAACAUUUUGAAAAUGUGUAUAUAUCUUCAGCAUAGAAUUUCUUCUCCAUGUAUUUAUUUGAAUAUGUGCCAAUAUUUAUUUUCUUCUGAAUACAUGCGUGAAGCUGAGCAAAAUCGCCAAAUUUUGCAUCUUUCUUAUGACAUUUCGAAAAAUCCUACAA